AUGGCAGGUCGGUGGUCUGAUGAGGUGAUGGACUGUCGUGAUGUGAUGACUCUAAGAAGUGAGUUCGGCUCAAACAAGCACGCUCUAGGCAAAGUGGACAAAACGUUUCUUGGCACCUACUUAUUCUCAAAUUUCCACGGGCUCUUAAGCAGGAUUAGUGACAUUUUUCAAGCCCUGCCGCCGUUCUCACAUGCGCUCGGUGGUGGAAGGACCCUGAAGAGAAGCUAUUGCUCGUGUGUACGAUCUAGGUGUCCCGGCUGGCUGCAUUUCCCGCAUGAGGCGAAAAUCCUGAAGGCCCAGGGCAGUAGCAAGCAUCAAAGUAGAGUCUCAUCUCAAGUCACACAUGUCUCCAUCUGGACCGCACGGAUGGCAGAGGAAGCUUUCGAAGGCAUCGUAACAUCUCUUUACUGGCCAAAUCGAUGCUGGAACCUCGCGGUAAACAGCCUCUCAGUAGCCACGAGCGACCGACCUCUCAACAGACAAAUUAACUCAACAACUUACACACGGGACGAGGAGCAGCGUGAAUCUCGAAUAAAAAUAGACUUUGAUGUGCCUCCCUUAGCUGCGUCUCGAAUAUCAUAUGACAUCGGCUUUACUGCCCACGUCCUUGUCAACGGUCGCAGACUACGCGCCAACUCUGGCCCUUCACGAGAGCCAGCAAGCCGCAAGACGCGUCAUGGUAGACACACGCCACAGAACCUUCGAGGAGAACGAUUCCUAUCAUUAUUAGGACGGGCUGUCUCUUCCAAGGCAUUCCAACCACGACUUGAACCUGCAGCGGCGCCCGAUGCAAGACACCUGCUGAUCGUUUGCUCCACGUUCUGGCUAAGAAACGAAAUCCUGACUAUCGUAUGUCCGCAGACCGAAGACGCCCUCUGGCCGGCAAGCAUCACAGACGAUCAUGUGAGACAGGAUGGCCUGAAGCAGAGAAGUUCAAUCCAAGAUCCACAGCCAAUCAGCCAGAACCUCACUACUUCACAGUCCCUGCAUACCACCUUAACCUCAGUUGGUAUAUCAGCGAAAGAUCCCGUAAUUUUCGGGCUUGGACAGGCUAUCAUAGCCGAAGCAGAACCUUAUGCCUCACCCACCCUGCCGGGCCGUGAGGUGUGUCCACCUCUUGCGACGCAUGUGACGCCACGAAAGACUGCAAAGCUUGCAUUGUUGGUCAGGCUCGCGAAUGCAACAACAAAAGUCAGUCGGAUCCCGCCCUGGCAUAACAAGAGCCUCAGGCGCGAUUGGGAAGAUGGCAUUCUUUGUGAUUGUGUAACGAGCACAGCCGGCAGAACCCACGCAUCACUCUUCGACGGAAGGCGAUCUUUUCCCUGUCCCUCUCCAGACGCAGCAGCAGCUGAAUCUGAUGCGAACAAGAACAUAGUUCAAGCUUGGAUACUGCAAAUUGAGAAAGAUGCGAGCGGAGAUGGCGCAUUGUCAGCCUCGUCUAUGGACGGCAGAAUCGAUCAUUGCUUGGUCGAACCUAGCCCGUUUCCAAUAUGGCACGAGAUCUAG